AUGGAGGAAAAUAUAAGGGGAUCCUCUGACGAACGAAAUAAAGUGGAGGAAUAUGUCUUGGAUUCGACCUCCUGGUGGAGACCGGAAUUUCUGUCCUCUUGCUUUUCUUCUGAGAACGUUUGUAUCCCAGUUGUACUCUGCAGUCUGUCUGCAUUGCUUUGGGUGAUCGCCUAUUUUCUGUUUGUGCGUCAACAGUGCAGAACGUCGAACAGGAAUGCAGGUGAUACGGCUGUCUGCGCUCUUUACUGCUUUCUGGGGAAUUUAUGCAGCACCGUAGGGGCAUUUCUGUCCAACCAGCUGGCCAUUCAGGUGCUAAUGGGUGUGCUCAUGGCUGCUCUGGAUGUUGUUCAUUUCAUUUUCAUCAUCUUUCCCAUUUGCCCAUGGUGGCAGUCCAAAACUGAGAUAAGGAUGAAGAUGAUGAGGAAGAGACGCAGGCAGAACCUGCUGGCCUUGUCCAUCUCAUUGGUUUUGGGACCAGGGUUCUGCCUGUGGCCCGGUCUGUCUGCCUAUCACCAGCCUGCAGAGAGAGCCCUCAGUGGGAGACACCUACUCAGUUUAUUUCCACAAGACAAUGCUGAAAUCCUGGGCUAUGCACUUGGUCUGCUGUCUUUUGUCAUUGGGUGGACAUCCAAGUUUCCCUCUCUCAUUAAAGCUCAUCAAGGAAAGAUGGCCACAGCAGUGCAGAUGUCCUCUGGUGUACUGUGUGCACUGGCCAAUAUCUGCUAUGCCUCAGCCAUCCUGAUUUGUGACCCACAUCUCAAGUCUGUCAUGAGAGCAUUACCGUGGUUACUAGCCUCUUUUGGCUGUGCGGUCAUUGAUAUAGUUAUCCUUACUCUCUCCUGCUACAGGCGGCACAUGGACCAUCAGCCCUUGGGCCAGGAUGUGCAGAGCUGGGACUCAGCAGACAUGCAGUCCCUACUUCAUGGCGUUUCUCCUGCUCCUCACAGACAAAAAGGGAGGCCCCUCACCAAGCACCCUGGCUUAGACAGGACACCCCUCCAUAUUUUUUGCAGCAAGAAAUACCUUAAAAAGAUGACCGAAGUAGGACACUAUAUGGAUGUCAACAUCCAUCCUGUCCAGCCUGUGCGAAAGGUGUGCCUGAAAGAAGUGAAGAUUUCCAGGGAGGGCCAGUCUGAAAGUCAGCCACUGAAAAGAAUGGUGAAGGUGGUGAGAGUGGAUGACCCCUGCUCCACGGACAGCUCCUUUGACUCUUCCUCUCUCAGCUCCGAACUGGAGUGGGAUUUCGAAGAGGCAAACCCUCACUGGAACAAAACAAGAAAACAGCAGAUUACAGAAGCGUUUCCCCUUCAGGACUGGACAGUUCAUCUUGGACCUAAACCUACUAGCCAGUCAAAGUCUGAUUUGCAUUUCUCCAAGAGCAAUGUUGUAGACGUAGCAGAGGAGACUGCCUGUGGUGUUGAGUCCAGCGGCGCUGAUAAGAUCAGGGCCGGUGGCGGAGUGCGGGCAGCAGAGCGGCCCCCGAGCGGCCCCCCGCGCGCCGGCCCCACAGCGGCGGCUCCCAGACAGGCUGGGCCGCCCUCGCGCCAGUCUGAUUGUUGA